AUGGGGACACGGACUCCAGCGAAAGGCUCCCGGAAAGACACCACCGUGCGGAGCUCACCAGCAGAGAAAAAGAAGGAAAAUAAGAAAGAAAUUGAGGAGAUUGUCCCCAUUAAAGAAGAGCCACAAAAGGAAGAUGUAUUGAAUGGAGAAGACAUCAUGGCCUUGGCAAUAAAACCAGAAGAUUUGACUCAGCUGCAUGCUCCUCGGAAGCCUUUAAAGACAACACCUAUCACCAGCAGAUUGGUGAUUCGAAAGCCAAAACCAAGGAAAGAAAGGGAAGUGAAACGUAUUAUAGCCAAAGCUGCUUCAUCUACGGAUGAACUGAAAACCAUGGACUAUUCAGGUUCUGGGGGUCCUCGCUUUGACACAGAGGGGAGAGUACUGCCUCACAGCAUCCUUGGAACCAUGGAAGAAUUUAGGCAGGAAUUGCUUGCAAGAGGACUUUCUGAGUUGGCCAGUGCGAUCUCAGAACAUUUUCCUGCUGAAGCCACACCUCAGGAGCUGCAGGUUUAUGAAAAGAAAUCCAAAGACAUUAUUUAUGCCAAAUCACAAAAUCAGGACCAUGCCUUGGCAAAUUGGCAGUGGCACAUGGCAGAGAGAAAGAGAACACAACAACUGAUCUCCAAAAUCCUAGACAAGCCAGUUGAUGAACUGGUGAUGAAUCAAUGUGAGAAUAUUGAAGAGCGGAGACAACAGUCUAACCUCAUCGAUCAGACCAUUGCAACUCUGGGUUCUGGAAAGGGUUAUCACAUGGGGAGUGAGUUUUGGGCCCUGCCACCAAUGAUUGGAGAUGAGUUAAGUGGUGUGGCAGCAACGUUAACACAGACAGAACGUGGAUUUCCACCACCCAUCGUUCAUAGCAGGAGACCUCAGACAAUCAAAAAGGAGACAGGUACUGACUUCCCACAAGGCAAAAGAACCUACAGGAAGUCCAGGUCAGAGAGUUUGUACCUGAAACAGCGAUUGGAAGAGAUGAAGACUUUUUUAAAACACCUGGACUUCAGACAACCUGACAUUGAUCAGUUGGAAGUGAUUGCAACUGGGCGCCCCUUCAGCUCAAUGUCAGUAGAAUCUUUCCCUUUGGAGGAGAAUCACCCUACAACACAUGAUAAAGAGAACAUUGACCUAUUGGAGGAUUAUCCUGAUGUAAUUGAGAAACCAAUCAUUGGUCCAUCCAUUUUGUUCGCUGAGCACCCGGCUCGUUGGCUGAAUGACUCCAGCUCUCAUAAGGAUGAGGUUGCUAUGAUUGUCCGGCUCACUUUUGAAGCAAUGGCAGGGGACAGGGUCAUCUCCUGCCUACCAGUGACAAAUGAUGGAACUACAGUUAUCCAGUACAAAUGGAAACGUCUUCCCGAGCGAGAACACUGUAUAAUAAAACCAAACGAUUCUUGGAUGCAACGAUUCUAUUUCAACACUAAUUCAGGUGUCAUUCUUCCUAGAGAGUCUAUUAGUUUCCCAUUCACCUUUAAGUCACCAAAUGCUGGGAUAUUCACUGAAUUCUGGGAGUUUUGCACUCACCCAGUGGUGUUAGGAGGGGCAUGCCUGCAGGUGGCACUUUGGGGAGUGGCUCUGUUUGAAGACAAGAAUGAAACUGCAAGACAACAGUUACAGGAAGAACUUGAGAAUAAAGAAAAGAUGACCAUAAUUCACCAGCUCGUGAACGAGGUGAUAGAUGGAGUGCGCACCCCACAGCGAUCCCAAUCUCCUAUUGAAAUUCCAUUAAUUGAGCAAGAGCUCUUUGAGAAGAAGAACCCUGGCCUGCACUACAAGUAUGGCAUAGUGCAAAGCCUCAAGGAUAUUUGGAAACUGUGCUUCAUACACAAUAAUUUAGAAGCAGAAGCAGCAAGUGAAAACCAACCCAAAGAUAGUAACAUUCCUCCCUUCACAGGGCCCAAAGACAAGAGCCAAAUCUCUAGUAAGCAUCUGGUUUAUCUAGAUAGUACAAUAUACCAAGAUAUAAGGACACCAAUUAAACGUCAAUCAUUUGAUGAAGCAGAGGAGUCCUCCAAGCAAAAGACACGUUCUUCUGGCAAAGCAACUUCUCAAGAUACAGAGCAAAUGAAGCACCAUGAUAAAAGGACACCAACCAGCAAAACCCCAACUGAUGAAGCAGAUGACCAUCCCAGGCAGAAGACCCGCACCCAUGGGAAAGCAUCUUCUCAUCAAUCACACCAACAAGACACCUCACCUAGCAGAGCUAAUGAUUCAGAAAAGCAAAGCAAGGAGAAGAGCCGUUCCCAUGGAAGGAAAUAUGGUCGUCAUUUGGAGCCAGCAGGGAAUGUAAAAACCCCCAAAGAAGUAAUGCAGAUCAAGAAAGCUCCACCACCUGGCGAAUCUGAACCUGAGUGGGACUUGUCAAUUGACUCUUUUAGAAAGGAUGUGCUAGCAUCACUGAUGGAUGAAAAACAUAAGAAUAAGGUUCUGGAAAUGCUCAACUUGAAAGUGCUUGAACUCAGCAUAGCACCAAGCAAUUUGCAAGAGAAUAUUUUCUACAAAGUACUUUAUCAGCUUUGGCAAGAAACAGUGGAUGUGUUUGUUGGUUAUUCGAUACAGCUCAGGGAAAUAAUGGGGCUACCUGAAAAGGAGACUGAAGGGAGUGUCAUUGUGGAAGAAACCCAACCCAAAAAACAAGGUAAAAAGGAUGACAAGAAAACAGUUGACAAAAAAGGAAAGAAAGCAGCAAAAUCUGCUGGAAAAGAGGAAGAAAAGGAGAAACGACUGUCUGCCAAAAAGGCAAAAGGUAAAGAUGAUAAAAAACAUAUCAGUCCCCCAUCAUCCAGGUCCAGCAAGCAGCCAUCAACAUCCAGGGAAAGUCCUGAACCAGAUCUGAAUCAGGAAGACCCCAUCUUACAACAGAUUUAUAGAGAGAAAUUAUACAUAGAGGUCUAUGGAUUGAUAAAAUCCAUGAUAAAUGAAGCCUCUUCUCUCUUUGAGGCUCUGAAGGAGCAGGAUACAGAGCCUUUGGAUAAAUGUGUUUAACUGUAUAUACAUCUGUAGAUUGGA